UCUCGGGCCGGGCCGCCGUCGUCCACCGCCGGCGCGGCGCCGCCGCCCAGCUACCUGUGGAUGGCCGUCCUGUCGUGCCUGUGCCCCGGCGUGCCGCUCAACGUUUGCGCCCUGUGGUACGCCAGCGUGUCGCGCUCGGUGCUGAACGACGGCGACGUGGAGGCGGCGCGCAAGUACGGCCGCGCGUCGCUGCUGCUCAGCUGCCUCGCCAUGCUGCUGGGCGCGGCCGUCAUCGUCUUCCUCGUCUUCACCGUCGGUACGUGCGCCGCCGUCUGCUCGGCGUCGCGGCCCUCGCGCCGGACAAACAACGAGACAAAAAUGAAAACCGCCACGCGUGUUGAGGUACUGGCGUGUGUCAUCAUCAAGGAGAGGGAAGCCAUUUUCAACAAUUGUCCAAAUAAUACACGCCGGGAACGGCGCCAGAACAACCUUUUGGACUUUUUGUUUUCAAAUUCAAUGAAUUUGAAUUACUUUUAGAGCUAGGAGUCACCAAAUGUUCCAAAAAAGUUGGGACAGUGUUGAGGAAAGCUACAAAUAUGUAAAUACUGUCAUUUCUGGUCCAUUUGUAAAGGAAAUACCAUUUGGUACAAACAUACGCCGUAGCCGUGUAAAAGCCGCAAGUGCCCACAUUUAAACACGAGAUAUUUACAAAGAAAAAACGGU